GGCAAUUUGGUACUUUGUUAUUCUAGCAGGAAGAUCAAGCCCAGAACUCAACAAAAUGCGUGUAGUGAGUUUGUUUGCCCUGCUUGUUAUGUUAAAUUAAAUCCCCACUUGGUAGUUAUUUCCUAGAAAUGAUUUAGCUACUUCGUUGGGAAAUCAUUGUCUAGUGAUGCCAGCUGAUUUUUCUAAACUUUGAAGACAAAUCUUCAUAAAUUAAAAUAGACAACUACCUAAGAAAGAAUAGAAAAGGUAACUUGAGGAAAAUAGUAGAGAAAGUGGUUAGAAAGAAAACACAGAAUGUGAAAGAACUUUAUUUGUUGAAUCCUGGCAAAGACCCUGAUGUUCAUUUGAAGUAAUGACACACAAAGUGUACUCAUUCAAAAUUUGAUGUUGAAUAUAACAGAAAGAUUCAUGUAUGCAUGCCCAAAUGCUAGUAUAUCCUUCUAGUUUACUAAAUGGAGUACAUUACUAUGAUAAAGACUCUGCACAGGAUCCUAGAAGCACUGUCCACAGUUGAUAACGAUCAGCCGUCGUCACUAGCAGCUGUUGCACUGAAGGAAAAGCGGUUGACAUUUACUUGGCUUAAUGGGGAAGCCCAACAAAUCAUCAAGUGGAUCUCUCAAAUAAUCGAAGAUGGUGACUCUAGGGAGCUCCCCUUUUUUAGAGCAAAAACUCUUGCACUUGUUCCUGAAGAUGCAGAUCCUAUUUGGUCAGUAGGUGCCAAAACAAUUCUAUCCAAAGGGACAGGAAUGAAACAGAGAAUUGGUAGCAUCAUGAAUGGAAUCCGCAAUCGCCUGGGAGAUCCAAGGAUUGGCCCAGUCUUGCUCUUGGGAGCAUUGAUGUCUUUUGGUGGCAUCUGGCUGCGAAGGAGCCAAUCAACUCAUCCAAGUCAAUCAAAUAAUCAAACUCAACCGAGCAAAAAAGAUGAUGAAGAUAGACCAAAUCAGAGACGCAAGAAGAGAGCGGUGUCAAACCAAGAUUGUCCUCCUUCCAUCACUGACACAGAACCAAAAGAUGCUUACCAAAUGCCACUAUCAGAUUCUGACUCUGAGUAGUAGAUGGU